GGAGGGGCGGCGCGCGACGUGGAGGCUCAGCGCCGGGUAACCUGUUUUCCUUAUGGUGACCGCGGCACCUGGCUGAUGAGCAGGGUGUUGAGGCCACCGAGUGAGGCCGGGGCGCAGACCUGGGAAGCAGAGGACGAUGACAUGGCAGAAGGCGAUUUAGGGUAUGGCCUCGGAAGGAGGCCCGGCGGUAUUUAUGAAGCGCAAGUUUCACAUUUAUUCACAUCUAGAAAAAGAUCAGAUGAGACGACCUUUAGCCCUCCCCCAUUUCCCAGAAAGGGGGAAGAGAGGAGUGGUGCUAUUUUUCAGCAUUCCAGGCCUCAAGGCACAUACCGUGAAGGGUCCAGGACCCCCCAUCACAGGCGACACAGCAGCACUGAUUCUAAUUCAGAAUUGUCAAAUGUAGAGUUAAAGCAACGUCUUGAUGAAACAUUAGAGGAGGUAGAAAAUUUAAAAACCGAACUGGAGGCAUCUCAAAGACAGCUUGAAGGUAAAGAGGCAGCACUGAAAAUUCUUCAGAGCAUGGCAAUAUUUGGCAAAGCCACAAGUCAUACCCAGGCAAUAUUUCAAAAAACUGUGGACGAAAAGAGAUCCUUGGAGAAGGAAAUAAAUGCCUUGCAAUGGAAAAUAGAAUUUGAUCAGAAUAGAACUAAAAAUAUAGAGGAAACUUGGACCCAAAAAUAUGACAGGCUAAACUGUGAAAAUGCAGUCCUCAAAGAAACUUUGAAACUAAAAACAGAAGAAAUUAAAAUGCUGAAGUCUGAAAAUGCAAGCUUGAAUCAGCAGUAUUUGGAGGCCCUUGCGAUGCUUGAAAUCAAACAGCAGAAGACGGCUCAGGAAAACACGUGCGAUGCUAAAAGUGACUUUACAGAGGUUUCGGGCCUUGAGCUUGCGGUCCUUGGAGCCUGCCUUUGUCAUGGUCCUGGAGGGAGCCCCUGUUCCUGUGCCAAAACGGCGGCAUCUGCUCAGAAAAGGCUUCUUCAGCUCAAACAAGAGCUGGAACUUUUGCAGAAGAGAAAAGAAGAAGCUUACAUAAUGGCAGAUGCAUUCAGAAUUGCAUUUGAGCAACAAUUAAUGAGGAAAAAUGACCAGGCACUAAGAUUGACACAAAUGGAUAAAAUGUGUAAAAAAGAAACAAAAUGGAUAAAUUGGAAGCACCUUAAAGAGGAUGGAUCACUAUCACAAAGGACUAAGAAGACCUUAGGGCAGAAACUGUUGGGUAUGCUCCCUUCAGAAAACAAUUCCAAGAAGACUGAAGACCAGGAUAAUCCUCAGGAAGUCUUUAAGAUGCUAAUAGAUUUGCUGAAUGAUAAAGAAGAAGCUUUGGCUCAUCAGAGAAAAGUUAGCUACAUGCUUGCCCGGGCACUGGAAGACAAAGACAGAGGCUCAAGGGAGAAUAAAGAAAAAAAUCCCAUGAAAAACAAUUUUCCAUUAAAACACCCCAAGCAGAAAACUUCAGAAUUCUCUGUUUUGCAUGAUCCUGUACAUUCAAGUGUUCACAUUUUUAAUUCUGUGGGCUGUGUUUGUUCAAUCCAGCAUCUUCAUACAGAUCAAAACUAUAGAACUCUGAAAAGAUCUCAUUCUUUGCCACGAAAUAUCAUCUUUUGAAGAUAAACCAGUUGAAAUUAGAACCGAGAACUGUUUAUGUCAAGGGACUUUGAAAAAGGAUUGUGUAAACAUUGCCACAUCUUCAGAAAUUGUAUGUUUUCCGGGUAUUUCUAAAUGUUAGGAGGCAGCUUAAAUACUCAAAUGUUUUCUAUAAGAAAUUUACUAGUAUUUUGUGGUGACAUAUAUAAAUUACAUUACUAUAUUUUAUAAAAUCUUAUUUGCCAACAUCUUAAAAACAAAAAUGUUAUUUUGA